AUGCCAGAGGAGGAAGACCGAGAGAAAUUAGCCAAAGUCAUCAGACAGUGGAACAACAACAGACUGGACCUGUUUGAAAUAAGCCAACCUGAUGAGAACCAGGAGUUUCACGGCGUGAUGCGCUUCUACUUUGAGGAUCAUGUUGAAGGAAAUGUGGCCACAAAAUGCCUGCGUGUUUGCAGCAACUCCUCAACUCAUGAGAUCAUUGAAACUCUCUCAGAGAAAUUCAGGCCUGAUAUGAAAAUGCUGACUACUAGUUAUUCCCUGUAUGAGAUCCAAGCCAAGAAGGAACGCAAACUGGACCUGGAUGAGAGACCUUUGAUUGUACAAUUAAACUGGAACUCAGAAAACAGAGAAGGACGUUUUGUGCUCAAGAAAGACAAGGAGAGUUUCCAGGAAAACUGUCAUGAGAAGGAGAAAGGAGGUAUGAUCCAAAACUUCAAGAGGACACUGUCAAGAAAAGAAAAGAAGACAGAGAAGAGCAAAACUAAAGCUGCUGACAAGGUUUCAGUAGAUGAGAACGGUGUCCUCCUGCCCCCUGCUGGUGUCUUUUACAUUUCAGCUGAGGAGGCCUUCCUGUCUGCAGUCAUAAAUUACACCAACACCUCCACAGUUCAUUUCAAGCUCUCACCUGCAUACAUUCUCUAUGCCGUGGGACGCUUUGCUCUGCAGCGCCAUUACAGGCAAGGCUUUCCACCCUCAAGACGAACACACAGUGUAACCUCAAUCACGAACAAAAUGGUGGCCAUGACAGGGAAGGUCAUCCAGAGGCAGCAGACCAUCGCUGGGGCUCUCGCCUUCUGGAUAGCCAACUCCUCUGAGCUGCUAAAUUUCUUGAAGCAUGAUAAAGACCUAUGCCCGCUCACACAGCAAAGUCAGCUGGAUCUCUCCCACCUGGUGCACAAAGCCUACAGUUGCCUGCUACAGUGUCUACAAAAUGAGUUAACGAAGCACUUGCCAAUUUUUUUGAUUGAUCCUGAGCAACACGGACCCCUGCCAGCUGGUAUAGAGCUGGUGCUGAACACCUUAAUGAACACCAUGUCUCUCUUACGACGCUGUCGGGUCAACCCUGCCCUCACCAUCCAGCUCUUCUCCCAGCUCUUCCACUUCAUCAGCACCUGGCUCUUCAACCAGCUCAUGAGCCCAGAGGCCAACACUCCAGGCCUGCGCUCCCACUACUGGGGAGCAGCUCUCCGCCAGAGGCUCACCGCCAUUGAAGCCUGGGCAGAGAGGCAGGGCCUGGAGCUGGCUGCUGACUGCCACCUAGGACACAUCAUCCAGGCAACCGCACUCCUGACCAUGAAUAAGUACUCAAUGGAAAACGCGAAGGACAUCCAUAAUACCAGUUUCAAAUUGAACUCACUGCAGCUGCAGACGUUGCUCGCAGGCUACCUCUACGCAAACAAUGAGCCUCACAUCCCCCCUGAUUUGAUCGAUGCUGUAGUGACGGCUGCUCAGGCCUCAGCAGACAACCUGAUUCGGAGUGAAGGACGGGACAUCCAGCUGGAGGAGAGCCUUGACCUCCACCUCCCCUUCCUGCUGCCAGAGGGAGGAUACUCUUGUGACACUGUGAGAGGGAUCCCUCCAGGGUUUAGGGAGUUUUUGGAGCCAAUUUGCCGAAAAGGACUCUGCUCUUUAACAUCCCAGCCAAACUCCAAAGGUGACUGGACCGUAUAUUUCACUGAGUCUACACCCUCUGUACAGAGCACGUACUUGAAAGCAGCACACAGAGAGCCAGAGAUUGUGACUAUCACACUGAACAAACCUCUCAACAGCGGUAUGGGGAUCAGCAUCGUGGCUGCCAAGGGAGCACGGCAGGGUAACCUUGGGAUUUAUAUCAAAUCUAUUGUCAGGGGAGGACCAGCUGAAAUGAAUGGCAGGUUAACAGCUGGGGACCAGCUGCUCAGUGUGGAUGGUCGAAGCCUGGUCGGCCUAAGCCAAGAAAGGGCAGCAACUAUCAUGGUGCAAACCGGCCCUGUUGUGACCUUACAGGUUGAAAAGUUUGCAGCGAGCUACCACGGCCUGGAGGCUCUGCUGAGCGAACCAGGUCCAGAGAGGACUGCAAGUGAUAAAAGCAAUGCUGAAGAGCUAAAGAGCGGUAAAGAGCUCAUGCUGUACAGUGUGGUGGACACUGGUCCCUCAGAACAGCUCCACGGAAGCAGCAAAAGGAAGAAAGAGCAGAUAAUGCAGAGAAACAGGCAGCUUUAUCGGUCCAACCCCAACAUGACCACAGACCUUUGCCUGGAGGAUGGAGACGAACCUGUUGACCCUGUUGUGAGAGGGAGCAACAUCGCUGCUGUUUCAAGUAUCAACCUUUGCACUGAUACAUUUCACAGGGAAUACUUGACACUUCCUACCCCUAAAUCCCAGGACAAGAACGUAUCUGAAUCCAGUCGACAACAGCAAACACUGAAAGUGUCUCUUAGACCUUUGGAUGGACAGAGCUCCAAUAAGAAGACCUUAAUGCGUCAAGCACGCUCACAGGAAAACUUGUGUAUGGAUGGUGGAGGCCCCCUGCUGGACAAAAGGCAGAACACGUGGGAGCAGCAGGAGCGGAGUGCAAAUCAAACCAUGAACCACUAUUCAUCUUUCCCAAUUCGCUCCAGUGUUUCUAUUCACGACAUCCUCUCUGAUAACACUUCUCCCAAAAAACGACAGCAGGGCGCUCUCACAAGUGGCGCCGGUGUCUGGAGAGCCCCGUUUUCACAACAUCCAACACCUACGCCUUCGGUUCAGCCCAUACGUAUAGACAUCCCUGUAACCAGAGCAGUGAACACACAGUCAAAUCCUCCUCUCAUCACCUUCCAGAGUUCGUCUUUGCUGUCAAUGAAGAUGAGCCAAACUCUUAAAGUAAAUGGACAUGAACAAAACCAAGCUAACCAUAUUUAUGCAUGCCCCAUUUCUGCAAUGAAGAAGCUACCUCAGCCCUCGCUUUCAUCACAGCAGCAACAACAACCCAGCAUAUUCAGGGGUCACGCAGUAAAACCCCAAGUAAGCAUCACUCCAACAAAACAUGUUUCCUUCCAAGAGCCUCCCACUCAACAGAAGCAGCGAACGGGCCCUAUGAAGCAGACAGACCCCCAGGAGCUGUCUGACCCAUGGAGGAGGGAGGCCCAGGAGAAGCUGGAGAAGCAGCAGAGGCUUCAGGCGGUGGAGCUCCUGGAGCAGGAGGUGCAGGAGCUCCAGGCUAAAGUGCAGCGCUCUGCGGUGGAGAACGACCGACUCCGAAAACUCAGCCUGGAGUGGCAGUUUCAGAAGAGGCUGAAGGAGAUUCAGCAGAGAGGAGAGGAUGAGGAUGAGGAGGAAGAUGAGGAGUUGGACAUGAUGGUGACGAUACAGCAGCUGGAGACGAGAGCACAGAGCAAAAGAAGCUCUGGAGGAAACGUCAACAGCCAACUGAAAGAGUCGGAAAAGCAGACAGGAAAUCAUCUCUCCCGAGAGGAAGACAACACGGAGACAGGUCAGAGACCAACCGGACUGACUGAAGACGCUCACAACAUGGCAUCAGAAGAGUGA